AUGGCAGUAAGUAAACCCAAAUAUCCACUGGGCUCACCUCAAGAGCAUAUUGAAAUGUGUAAAAACCACAAUUUACCAAUUGAUGUGAUAUGUGAGGAUUGUGAUGAAUUAAUUUGUGGUGAAUGUGCCAAAACAGAUCAUAGAAAACAUGAAUGGAAAACUAUACCCACUGCAGCCAUGCUAAGGAGGAGAGAUUUGAUAAAAUUUUUGAGGAAAAUAAAGGAAGAUGAUCUACCUGGAAUUGAUGAGAAGAUUGAGAAGACAUCAAAACAAAUCACAGAAAAUAAAGAACUUUGUGACACUGAGAUUAAAAAGCUUCAGAAGCAUUAUGAUGAGAUAGUAACCAGGCUAUCAGAAAUCAGGAAAAAUAAUGAACAAAAACUGAGAGAGAAUUUGAGGAAAAGUAAUGAAAAGUUGGAUGUUGCAAAUUCUGAGUUAAGCAAAAAAAGGAAAGAAAUUGCAGAAAUAGUUAAGUUCAUGGAGAAAAACAAGAAUACCAUGUCAGAUUACGGCUUCAUUGACAACCACAGAGAACUAACAAAACUGUUGUCUGCCCUGGAAGUUGAUAUGAAGAAUAGCACACCAUCAGUGAGAUACACAAAAGGGGAAGUCAGUGAUGCUAUACCGGAAAAUUUAAUUGGAAAGUUUUUUGAUAUAAAUGACAUAAGUUUGACUGAAACAAACUCAUUUAAAUAUGGAGAGAAACCAGUCACUUUGUUGAUGGCAUUGUGUGAGGAUCAAUGUUACAAACAACACUUUGAAUCAGAUUACAUUGAACAAAUAAACAAAGAAGGUGAGGAAAAACAGGUAUAUAAACGUACCUACUCCCCUGUUGACAUGUGUGUGACUGAUACUGGUGAAGUUUAUUUUACUGAUGGUAAAAGUAUUAAAAAAUCCAUGCUUUGUCUGUCACCAUCAGGAUCUGUCUCUACAGUCGUCUUUGCAGAUCCACUGGAACCAUUAGGAAUCUGUCAGUCAGUGGACGGUGGACUACUGGUCACCUUGAGAGACAAUGAAUCAGAUCUUUACAAAUUAGAGUCACACAGCAGACGUCUGGUGAGACACAUCACAGUGACAGGUGAUGUCAUCCAUGAGUAUGAGUACCAGGAGGACGGUCACACCAGACUGUUUACUUUGCCAUUCAGAGUCACACAGAACAGUAACAGAGAUAUCUGUGUUGUGAACCGUACAAGUCCCACUGCAGGUGAAGUAUUGAUUAUGUCUACUUCUGGUCGUAUGAAGUCUGUCUACCGUGGACAGAACCUGACAGGGGACUUUAUGCCAGGUAAUGUAGUGUGUGACUCCUUCCGUAACAUCCUUGUUCCUGACAUUAACGACACAAAGAUCCAUUUGCUGGGUCCUGAUGGUGAAUUUUUGAAGUUUUUACUGACUGAGAAUGAAGUGAUUCAUCCAACCAGACUAUCUCUAUACAAGUCUACGUUGUGGGUGGGAUAUUGGGAAGGAAUUGUCAAAGUGUUUCAAUACAGAAUGUAA